UUUCUGUUUAUAAUAAUUUUGCUGUGAUUUCUCACAUUUUUUCGUUUGGGAUGUGUAACAGUCGCUACACCUCGCAUUUUUGCAUUCUUAUUAUUUUUGCGUGCAAUCUUAAUUUUUAAUCCGAAGUUUUCAUGCAACCUCUGCACUCUUGGAUCGGUGAUUUGUGGUGCAGUUUUAGUUUUAACCAUUUUAAACUUUUAAAGUUGCCCUGACAGAUGUUCUAACAGCCUAACUGUCGUGUUUUUAUCGUCAAGAAUCUUGAGCCUUCUGCUUUGUCAGUCUUUGUGUGUUAUAUAAUUUUGGUUGUUCUUGCAAUCUUGCACUAUCUGUUUGUCUGAAAACGGCUAAAUGGUGGGCCGUUGCUGUGCAUAGUCGGCAAAUGUACUGAUCCAUGAAGCAUCUUGGUGCUGACUUAUUAUCUGUAAUACUUUUUCAGCUUUACUUGUGAAUACAGUAAUUGGGAUCGUAAGCGGUAAGCAGUACUUCGCUGCUGUUGAAGAAUUUUAGUGCAUACCUGAUGGAUAGUAGAAGCAGCCCUUCGAUUAUUCAUUCUCUUCCUAUCCAAGCAACAAAUCUCGAGGUCGUGGAACAGACUGCAAUCCACUCAUUUCAUCCGAACGGUCCGAACCCUGAACUGAACACAUCCAUAACCGACUCUGAUUCUGUAGCAUCGUACAGUGAAUCGGAAGUGGGCAGUCAACUAAGUGAUCAGCUCAGUUCUUCGUCAACUAUUCGCCCUGUCCCACCUUCGCAGCAGCCAACGACGGUUGCCACUGUUAAUGUCAACCGCGACAGUAAUGUAGAGAUCCGGGCUGUACAUAACGUGUCGGAACAACAUCGACGCAAGUACCUCAAGAGUUGUUUUGAUAAUCUCCAAAAAGAAGUUGUCCCCGAGUCGACCACUAAGGCGUCGCAUUUACUGAUAAUCACUUCGGCUCUCGAAGCUAUACAGCGAGUUCGGGAAGAGGACUUUCAGUUGAGAAGGGAUAGCGAGCGUGCUCUGGACGAGCAUCGGCAGCUGUUGAAGAAAUUAGACGACGUUGUGCGGGAAAUUCUCAGUACGGAUCCUGCAUUUGACGUCAACGACGUCCUGGUCCGCGCUGAUCUCGCCAACCCGGAAGGAUUUCACCCGUUGACCGCAUUUGACCGACACAUCGAUCCCUUCCAGAUCGAGGAAACUGUGGAAAUUGUGUCGCCCUCGGGAGCACAGAAGCGGCCUUGCUUGGACGUGUCGGACGAAGGAGAAGCGCAGAACGUCCGGAAAUCUGCCAAAAUGCCCGCUUUGACCAACUCAAAGAAAAAAGAUAAACGAGGAAAAAACAGAGUUGUCGAAAUGGAGGAUGGUGGUUCUGCUGCUGAGGAUACGGAUCUCCCCUCAACAGACAGUGCCAAACCGGAAACUAGCAGCAUGUCCAACGGAAUUAUGCUUAGUAGCAAAGCGCCACGUGAACCCAUCCCUUUGCGAAUGAUUGACGAGCCUGACGAAAGCCUGGCUGAUCCAGAUGUGCCGCUGCCGAUAUUGCGGAGGAAUAUCUACAACCUCAACCGUAGCACCACGUUGACAACGGUGGACAGGCGGAAACUGGCGGCGGAAAGAGGCUUGCCUGUCCAUUUGGCCGAGGGAGUGCCCGCACUGCCGGGCUCGAACUACUGGCCACAGUCGUUGACCAUCUUCCCGGCAUUUGUGAGUCGCAGUCGACCUUAUCGUUCGAGCAGGAAGUAUAUUAUUGGACCCGCUAAUUUAGCUUAUAGUGAUGUGAAGAGUGGUGCUUCCGAUGGAAGCGUUGGCGCAACGCCUGUGCCGUGACUUUUUCUUUUCCUGGACGUGGUAGGCUUAGAGGUUGAUGAACGCGCUACAUUUGCGUGGGUUUGCCACCGUUUGAAAUGUUAUUAGAGGAAGGCCUGAUCUCUUGUUCACAGUAUUGAAGUGAUGUUUUACGCAAGAAUUUUUACUGGACAGUUUCGCGUGGCUCUUGUUUGUAAUUUUGUUGUUUUUUCCGGUUUAUAAUCACGCAUUGGCUGCAGUGAACUGGAAAUAGCUGAUCGAAAUUUUAUUUGAAUGAGUUGGGCUGGUGAGUGAGCUGUGGAAAUGCCUGGUACAACUGCUGCCCUUGGAAAUCGAACCAUUAGAAAGGGAUGCUUCCAUUAGACUGUAUUUUAUUAAAUUCU